CCAGAGAAAAACAACUAAGAGUUUGUGUGCAUAGUCUUUGUGUACAAGACUCAAGUUCAUAUCUUCGAGAAAGGUGAGAAUGAAGGAAGGCAUAAAUGUUCCAGGCCACUGCCACAUGCUUAAGGCAGAGCACCUGCAAGAUACAUACAAAUGUGAUGGGUGCCAAGAGAGAGGCACAGAAAGGCGAUAUACAUGUCGUGCCUGCAACUUCGACAUGCACAAUUUCUGUGCCACGGCUUUACCUUCCAUUUCCCAUCCAUUAAGUGAUGCAAAGAUGACAUUGCUCUCAAGCCCUGUUGUGAAAGAUAGUCUGUGGUGUUGCGCUUGUGAGAGAUCUGUAUCGGGUUUGAGGUAUUCCUGCACUGCUAGUGGAGACGUUCUGCAUCCCUGCUGUGCACGCCUUCCAAAAUCCUGCACAAUCGACUCCAUUACUUCCCAUCUCUCCAAAAAUUUGUCAGGGGACCCCUGUAAUCUGUGUGAUCAAAGAAACCGAGGAUGGGCUUACGUCUCCAAACAGUACAGCGUCCAUGUUCACUGUUUCAUAGAAGCCUGAGAAUCGCUCUUAUCCUCAACUGUCCAGCGGGCGCCCCCAAAUAACAGCAGCACCCAGCACUUCAUAUCAUCAAGACUCAAUAAGAACUCUGCAGAAGUAUCAGCCGAAUAAAUCCAGUAAUGGGUUUAAGCGCUUCUGUAAAAAGACCAAGCUGUUUGUCAAAGUCAUCCGUGCAAUGAUUUUUGGAGAUCAGAACUCUGUUUUGCAGGUUUAUGCGAACUAUGCGUCAGAUCAGUAAUCGCUUCUGCUCGAUGUGCUCGCGGUUUUACUGGGGUUGUUUGAUGGAGGAGCAGCCCCAGUUUAUUGGCGAUCCUUCAUCAUCCAAAAAAAAAUUGUUUAGUCUUUGGUAUGAUUGUGAAGUUGUUUUGAAUAAUCUGUAAGGAUUGAGUGCAAGAAUCUAUUAUUAUAAGAUAUGAGGUGGGGAUGGUGUCCUAUAUGACUUUGUUAGAAUAAGACUUCUUAUUUCUUAUUUCUUUAAGUGAAGAAAAUUUAGUUUAUGUCAUUCUUAUAACGGUUUGUUUGAAUAAUAUGUGAGGAUCAAGUCAUUCUAUGCCAUUCUUAUAAGGGUCUCUUUGAAUAAUCGGUGGGAUCAAGUCCUGGUCAGUGCAAGAUC